UUUACUCUAUUAUCUAUGGAUUACUCUAGAUCUACUCCAAUAUACCGGACAAAAUAAUAUUGGAAUAAAAGCUCAGGCUCAAGGAAUGGUAUUCUUUGAUCCUGGCCUCUCUCCUGCUCACCUCCGGGGGCUAAAGGAUCACAAGUACACAGCAGAAGGUACUUCCAUCACUGAAGUGUAUCUUCAACCGUUUUGGCGUUGGUCUGUCACACAACUUCCUCUCUGGCUAGCCCCAAACCUCAUCACUUUCACUGGUUUAGUCAUAAACACUGUCACCUGCCUGGCUGUUAUACUCUCUGACCUCAACUGUGAAGGAAAGGCCCCACCUAUCCUCUACUUGUUAUCUGGUAUUGGUACAUUUGUGUAUCAAACACUUGAUGGAGUUGACGGUAAACAGGCCAGAAGAACUGGCACUAAUAACCCACUGGGGGAAAUGUUUGAUCAUGGGUGUGACACAUUCUCUACUUUCCUCCUGGCACUCACUGGGGCCAGUGCUGGCUCACUCCAUCAAUAUCCUUAUAUCCUGAUUGCUUACGUCUUUAUAAUGGAGUUCCUUAAUUAUGCUUACCACUGGCAAACUUAUGUUAGCGGCUGUCUCUAUUUUAAAAAGAUUGACUGUACAGAGGCACAGUUCUGUCAUAUUGGAGUUAUGGUUGCUGUCUUUAUAUUUGGAACCAGUGUGUGGGACUACACUUUGCCAUGGUUUGGCAUCCCAUUGAAGUUCAUCUUAGCUGGGUCUGUCAUUUGCUCCAGUUUGAUGAACCUUGCCAGUGCAUUUUAUAUUAUUCUAAGUAAAGGAGUGGGGAAGAAUGGAGCCACUGUUGCUGAUACUAGUGUUCUAUCUCCAAUAAUUCCAUCUGGUAUUGUUCUAUAUUGCUCUGUUUUCUAUUGCGUCUAUUCUCCAUCCUUUAUUAUGACAAGACACGCAAUGUUAGUUUUUGCAGCUUUGGCUCUUCCUUUUGUGAAACUAAUCUUGUUAAUGAUGGUGGCUGGUAUGUGCAAGACUCCACUCCCAUUGUUUGAUAUUGUAUUGAUUGGUCCCAUUCUAACUGUGGUCAAUAUACUGCUGGGAGUCCUCAUACCUGAGACACUUCUCUUGAUAGUAGUAGCUAUAUUCAAUCUUUAUGAUGUUGUUUAUUAUUGUAUUGUAGUGGUUAGACAGGUCUGUACAUACCUUGAGAUUAGCUGUUUCACAAUACCAACGAUACAUCAAACCACACCUACUUCCUCUGUCACACCCACAACUCAGUCCUCAAAUAAUAAUAAUAAUAAUAAUAAUAAUAAUAACUAAUGAUUGUUAUUAUUUUUGUCUUGACGUGACUGACACACACAAUUUAUAAUAUAGGAUAUUAAUUUUGUUGAAUAUUUGAUUAACACAGUUAUUGAAUAUAA